GCUCAGCUCACAGCCAAUGAAUGCGACGCAGUAGCUGGCGUCGGCUGCAACGAUUCACACGAAGACGGUGGAGGAAAACACGACGACUGUAAAGCGAUUAAUGGAUUCAGCACCACUUCGGCCGAUGAAUUUGUGGUCCCUGUGUACAAUGGAUGUGUGUUGAAGAUGGAUUAUGUGUCUCACGCCUCACCAAGAAGCCUUUUAACGCCCAGUCAGCAGCCAUCGCUGGGUCAUUGACGCUGGAGUGACCGUCCACCACCCCUGCAAUGGCAGUCUUCAGCCACCAGGUGCUCUUUGCGGUGACAAGAUCCAGAGGAUCAUAUUUGUUAUCCAAGCGUCACAGCUGCAGCUCUGUGUCUUCUCGAGCCUACCUCCACAUAGAACCGCCAUGCAACAUCUCUGCGUCAACAAACCCACUCAGGCACUCCCACUAUGGACAGCUCCACAAUUAUCGAGGCCACAACCUGGGCCCUGUCCCCCUUACCCGCUCUCUGCACAGUUCAUGCAUUUGGCUCCAAGACGUAAAACACGACGAGAGUAAAACGCCGUCCCCUGCCCAGAAUGUAGCAUCAAUUGAGAACAAGGACAACGCGUCUGCUGUAGCCCAACCAACAAAGCCGCAGACAUCCAUCAAUGCUGCAACCCAGGAGAGGGCUGUGGUUAAGAAGGCUCUGUAUCUGAGGAUUGUUGAUGAGAUGAAGCAUUACUAUAAUGGCUUCCGGUUGCUUGGCAUUGACACCAAGGUUGCAGGCAGGAUGGUGUGGAGGCUGCUGCAUGGACAGAUCCUCACACGCAGAGAAAGGAGACGGCUGAUGAGGACCUGCGCCGACCUCUUCCGUCUGGUGCCCUUUGUGGUGUUCAUUAUUGUGCCCUUCAUGGAGUUCCUCCUUCCAGUCUUUCUCAAGCUCUUCCCAGAGAUGCUUCCCUCCACCUUCGAGACAGAAUCCAAAAAGGAGGAGAAGCAGAAAAAGGGUCUGGCUGCGAAGCUGGAGCUUGCUAAGUUUCUCCAAGAGACCAUUGCUGAGAUGGCUCGUAGGAACAAAGCCACGGAAGAUGAGACGCAGCGUUUCUCAACAUACGUCCAGCAGGUUCGAGGCACUGGAGAGCAGCCCACCACAAAGGAUAUAGUUCGUUUCUCCAAGCUGUUUGAGGAUGAGCUGACGCUGGAGCACCUGGAGCGCCCCCAGCUGGUGGCCCUGUGCAAACUACUUGAACUGCAGCCCAUUGGCACCAACAACUUGUUGCGCUUUCAGCUGAUGAUGCAACUCAGGACUAUCAAGUCAGAUGACGAGAUGAUUUUAGCAGAGGGUGUAGCAGCUAUGAGCGUGUCAGAACUGCAGUCAGCUUGUCGCAGCCGUGGAAUGCGAUCUCUGGGACUCACCACUGAGCAGCUACGACUGCAACUGCAACAGUGGCUGGACCUGCACCUAAAAGAGAAUGUUCCUCCAUCACUGCUGCUGCUCUCCAGAGCAAUGUACCUGACUGACCUCAAACCCAAGGCCCCAGUCAUCCCACCUGUACCCAAGCUUGAGAAAGUGGUGGAGGCAGACGGAAGCUUGAACAAUGCUGACAUGCUGGCAGACUCUGCGUUCAUCAUUAAAGACAGUCCGGCAGAAGCGAUAAGGAACAACGCUCCUGUCAUGUCAGACAAACCUCUGACUGCUGCUGAAGUCCUCCAGGCUAAAGCGGCCACCGAGCUGUCCCAGAAGAGCAAGAUGAGCGCCAACGGUGUCUGAGGAGCUCGAGUGUCUGGACUGCAAAGGAGGGAUGAAUUAAGGCAUGCGUCAACAGAACGUAGGGAGAUGACAAUGUUACUGCUGUCAUUUGACAUCUAUCAAGUGUUUACAUCUCUCUAACUCCUAAUUGAUGUGGAGUUUAAGUAGUCGCAGUGUCUUUUUGCCAUUGAUGUUAAUAACUAGUUGAUACAAGAUGUACAUCGGCCACUCCAUAAUACUCUGUAUUCUUCCUCUAUCAUUUAAGCAAAUCAGCUUGAGUCAUUGAAUUGGUCCAAUGGUCCUUUUUUGUUCCUGACCUUCUCCACCUCCAACUCCUGUAAAUUUGUAAAUGUUGUGUAUAUUGUGAUUUAUGUCCAUCACAGCAGCAGCAGCUUUGUACAGUUUGCUGUGCAAACUCAUGACAUUAUUAAGCUUCCUGUGUCAGCAUUUCUGGUUCACCUAGUACUGUUACAAUAUAAUGGUUAUCCACUAUUCCAAUAUACUUUCGAUUCACUUUUAUUCUUUUUUUUCUCAGAGAACUCGAACCAUCUCCAAACUUGCAGUUUCACCUACAAUUCAGUCUGAUGUAAUUGACUGGAACAAAACAGUACUUGGCGAAAUAAGACUGGUGUGUUUAGAGAGGGAGAAAGGAAGAGAGAUAACUCCUUUCAUGCAGACAAGAUUGAGGCAAAGUGCAGUUUUCUUCCCCCUGCUUCAAACUACGCUUUGUGUGGUUUUUUUUUGUUUUUUUUUAACUACAUAAUACAGUAUGUAUUGUGUUUUUAACAGUGUGAUGCUUAGAUUUCAUUAAGCUGAAGAGAACAUACUUGAUAUCAUCCAUAAAUAAAUUCUAUUUAUAAGAGAAUCUUUAAAGCUACAAACUAAUAAUUAAAGACAUUAUUUUUUAAUGGGCGUUAAAAAGAUGUAAAAGUGUGACAAUAUGACUAAUUAACACAGUUGUUAUUCUGCAUUACUCUCUUAAAUAUAUGAAGUUUAUCACAAUGUAUUGUGUUGAUGCACUUUUCAGGGAUUUGGCAAACUCUUAUACAUCCAAUUUUAAAUUAUUACUGGAUGAAAGCAUUUGUAUCUCCUGACUAGUCAUACCAGCAGUGGAAUCCAUAGAUAAAAUAUAUUUUUGGGCAUAUGAAGAUUCAUGUUUUUGGUUUUACAAAUGUGCCUAAAGUUAAAUAAUUUGUUUGGUUUCUUGGUUUUUAUUAUUGUAUCGGUAACUAUAUUCAAAGUGCCCAUUUUCCCUUUUUGGACAAAUGUCUCACAUUCACUAAUCCAAUUGUAUCCUUAAUGAACUGUUGAGUACUGUCAUGUUCAAAAAGACCACAUGCACAUUUGCUCAACUUAUAUGUGCGGUUCGUUAACUUUUUGGAUGAGAAAUGUUUUGAUUCCUUGAGUUGCAGACUAGUGGUCUGUUUGGAGAGAUGAGUCAUUGUGAUGUGAUGCUCCUGAAGUAUUCUUCUACAAGUUGUCCUGAUUUAAAUAUGAUAGUACUGCGAACUGCUGGAUCCAACCAUACAGUUGACUAAAUCUGUGUCUAGAGUACAGUUAUGUUUCAGCUUUUUGGGAAUGUAAAUCAUAUUUACAACAUGGCUUUUCAGUCACUUUACAAAUGCAUCACGUUACCAUGGAAAAUAGAGCAGAAUUAUUAAAAAUCAUAAAACCCUUUGCA